ACUACACAGCUCCCAGCUCUCUGUGCUCCUCAUAGGGCAGCAGCAGCAGCAGCAGGAAUCACACUGCAGGGAAAUGAAACACGCUGCAGGUCCAGAAGCAGCAGACGAGCAGAGACCCGUUCACUUCACCUCCAGUCCUCUCCUCCUCCUCUCUCUGCAGGACACCAUCACCACACACCGUCCAGGAUCAUGUUGCUUCUUCUAUCGGCUCAUUGGAUCGCAGCUGAGUGAAAGAGAAAGUCCACACUGGAUCUGAAGCUACGCACUUGUCUUUUGCAUACUUUAUAUCUGAAUAACUCCAGCGGAUUCUCACACAUUAUUUCGGAUUAUUCCUUUUUCAACAAGAAGAUAUGUUGAUUUUAUUUGCAAUCAGCCUGGCCUUGUUGUCAGAUGCAGGUCUGUCGGUGGAGGUGUUUCGUGCAGGUGUGGCCCCUCGCUGUGAGAGCCGGGCCUGCAACCCCCGCAUGGGUAACUUAGCCCUGGGUCGCCGGGUCCUCACGCAGACCGUCUGUGGCAACAACGGCACCGAGCUCUACUGCUUCUACUCCGACCCCAACGCCAACCUGGCCUGCAGCGCCGCCAAGUGCGCCAAAUGCAACGCCGGCUUGCCUCUCCUGUCCCACCUGGCCGGGGCCAUGUCCGACUCCUCCUUCCGUCACCCCAACACCUGGUGGCAGUCGGCGGAGGGGGCGGAGUCUGAGACGGUGCAGCUGGACCUGGAGGCGGAGUUCUUCUUCACACAUCUCAUCAUAGUGUUUCGCUCGCCGAGGCCCGCCGCCAUGACCCUGGAGCGGUCGCAGGACUUUGGGAGAACGUGGAAGAUGUUGCAGUACUAUGCCGGCAACUGCAGCGCCGCCUUCGGGAUGGAGGAGGGAAAGGCAGACGUGGGCCGGGACGGGGCCGCCUGCACCUCCAAAUACUCCGGGGCUUAUCCCUGCAACCGUGGAGAGGUGAUCUACCGCACCCUCCCAAAGUGGGAGUCCCUGGAUCCGUUCGGGGUGGAGGGCCAGCAGCAGCUGAGGGUGACCAACGUCCGAAUCCGACUGCUGAAGCGCCAGUCGUGUCCCUGCCAGGCCAAAGACCUCGCCUCCGCCCACGAAGCUCUUCCCACCCGACAUUUUGCCAUCUACGACCUGAUCGUGAAGGGAAGCUGCUUCUGUAACGGACACGCCGAGCAGUGCGUUCCUGCACCGGGGUACCAGCCCAUCAGAGACCGCACCAACCAUGUGGUCCAUGGGAAGUGUGUGUGCAGACACAACACUGCAGGUGAUCACUGCGAGCGCUGCACUCCUCUCUACAACGACCGACCCUGGCAGCCCGCCGACGGACUGACGGGCGCUCCGCACGAAUGUCGGAAGUGUAAGUGUAACGGACACGCUCAGAGCUGCCAUUUCGACUGGACGGCGUGGCGUGAGUCUGGCCAGCGCAGCGGAGGCGUUUGUGACUGUUUGCACAAUACUGAAGGAUAUCAGUGUCAGAAAUGCAAAGCCGGCUUCUACAGAGACCCCCAGAGACCGCAGACGGCCCCCGACUCCUGCAAACCAUGCAGCUGUCACCCCUUGGGCUCCAUGCCCUUCCACUUGGCUGACGGCUCACUCUGCGACCCCUCCAACGGAAACUGCAUCUGUAAACCUGGCGUAGGCGGAGCCCACUGCGACAGGUGCAUGGUGGGAUACUGGGGCUUCCACGAGUACGGCUGCCGUCCAUGUGACUGUGCAGGAGACUGCGAUCCGUUUACUGGAGACUGUAUGUUUGGCUCUGACCUGGACCUGUACAACUUAGAGGGAAACUCCAGCGAGCCGGUGAGGAUCUUCAGAGUAGACGAACUCUUCUCUGCCCUCCACUACUCAGAGAAGUGUGAGUGCAAAGAGCAAGCCCUGACCAACAGUAAACUCUUCUGCACCAUGAAUUAUGCAUACGUCCUGAAGGUGAAAGUGCUUUCCGCCCACGAUAAAGGCUCCCACGCCGAGGUGGAGGUCAAAGUUCAGAAGGUGCUCAGUCAGAACACCAAGCUGAAGAUCCAGCGAGGUCGGGUCACUCUUUACCCCGAGUCCUGGACCGCACGGGGCUGCACCUGCCCCAUCCUCAACCCAGGGGUGGAGUACCUCGUGGCGGGCCACUCGGACCGUAAGCAGGGCCGCCUCCUGGUCAACAUGAAGAGCUUCGUCAAGCCUUGGAAAGCCAGCUUGGGGCGCAAAGUCCUCGUGCUGCUCAAGAAAGACUGCAACUGGUAGACUGUUAAAACACGGGAGGACAGACGGACACAUGGACAACAAUGCCGUGGAUUAUCUUGUCCUCCAGAUGUGGAAUAUUGAAUCGCACAGCAGGUUUUUGGGGGCUGAACUGAGAUGAAUGAACCUCCUUUAUUUCUCUGCUGUCGUCCAAUGAGAGCUAGCGGCGGACUGCACCAGCUAAAAGCACACGGGACAUCAUUUUUAUUAAGACAUAUCAUGUCUCGCACAUUCCUAUGUAGGAUUUCUUCUGCUCAAGAAAUUGAGGAAUUCAGCUCUUUGGCCAAGUGCUUUCUAUUCUGAGUGACUCCCUCUGGACAUACGGUAAAACUUCCUCUCUGCAGCACUUUAGCCUAAGAUGGACUGAGGGAAUACGGACACACAAAGAGAGGAAGAUCUAACACACACACACUGAAUGACCCCCUGACAUGGACUGUGGAUGGAGCACGUCCUUUCCCUAUCACAGCGGACACUCCUUCUUCACACAGGCAGCAGUGUGUGUGUGUGAGAGUGUGUGUGUGAGCUGCUGACAUAAUGUGCAAAGCACCCAGAGUGACGCUGAACAAGCCAUACAAGCCACUACAGGUGGUUAAACCUUAGCCAGUCCAGGUGUGUCUGAAAUCAGAGUGAAUGGAUUUCACCCCGAACGUGAAUGUAUUUGUGUGUGUGUGUGUGUGAGACAGAGAGUGUGUGUUUGAAUGCAUUACGAGCACAGUCCAGAUUCAGUCCAGCUCUUAAGCUUUCCUGUAGCCGUUCCAAUGUUUAUGAUGCAACGUCAUGUAUAUUGAUUCAUCUCAUAUUACACAGAAAAUCCUUGUUAUUCCUUCCUUUGUGCUCUUGUACAGUAUUAUUUGUAUAUAUCUAUAUAAAUAUUAUGUUCAUCUUUCUCCCUCUGUUUAAUUGUUUUUGUAUGUGGUAAUAUUAAAGGAUAAUUAUUACAA